AUGGAAUAUAUGUCAGAAAAUUUUGAUCAAGCUACAUUUGAAAGUUUACUUAAUGAUCCUCAACAUGAAGAAAUAAAAGAAAAUCUCAACUUAGAUGAUAAUCAAAUAGAUUUGAUCUUGACAAUAUUUGACAAAAUCUGUUCGAAAUAUGGUUUUCCAAAUAAAACUAUUUUGGCUCAGUAUCUAUUGAUUGUAUCAAUACGCAAUCAACGAGAACAUGAUAGGAUGGAUUCUUUUAUAAAACUAAGUCCUGAUGAUCAACGUUCAUUUGAAAAAUAUUGUGAAAAAAAUAAUUUAAUUGACCAUUACCAACGUAAAGAUCAUAUUCUACUUGAAAGUUUAUUUACAUUGUAUGUCACAGAUCUAAUUCAAAAAUUAAAGAAGAACCAAGAAACGUGAGUGAAAAUAUUUACUCUUUAUCCUGCAAACCGCUAUUAUUAAUAAAUUCUUGUUUUUUCUUUUCUUUAGUCCAACAGAGCCAAUAACUUGAAGAUGAUUUAGCUGGUGGUUAUGAAAAAAAACAUUUUUCUCUUGUCAUAUAUUUUUUUCAAUAAAUGUUUUUCAUUUGAAACAUAUCUGUUUUUUUUCGAUUGAAUUUCUCUGAUUCAAAGAUCUAAUUUUCGCAACUAAAUCAAAAACAUGGGAAUUAUUUUAUCCUUGAUAAUCUUUCUUUUUCACAUAUCAUCUGAGCAUAAAAUGGUCAAAAAAACUGAGCUCUAAAGUUCGUUAACUCAAAACUUGGAGCUUACUUACGCAGUCACCUUUAAGAAUAAAGUCCUGUCUAAAUAUUGCAAUUUGUAGGAGUAAGGCCUCCCGAGUGAAAUCCUAGAUGGAGAGUUGUGUGUGUGCUGUUAGACAGAUAUGCUACUUGAGAUGUUAGAGGCAUCGCAUGGGAUGCUAGAAGCAUCAUGGAUGUGAGUAGAGUUUCUCUUUCACGUCGACACACCCACACCCUUUCUUUUAAAAUGUCAAUUCAUAUUCGAGAUUGAUUUUUUCUCAAAUGUUACCAUAACGAAUCAUAGUCUAUUUCAAUUUUAUUCAAUUUUAUAAGAAAAAAAAGCCAAUGAAACUAUUCGAUUUUUUUUGUUAUCAAAUAUUUCAAUAUGAUUAAAACGAUCUGUUUGAAUUAAAUUGGAUAAAAUUAUAAUGUGAGAUGGAUACAUAUAAUAGAUUUACUCGUAAAACAUCCUAGAAUUCUGUAUUAGAAGAUAAUUAGAAUUUAAUUCUAAAUAUGUCUAUAGUAGAGAGAUUUUAUUUCUUAUAUCUAUAUAGCCUUUCAUAUUUCUAAUCUACUUUAAUUAAUUAAAUAAACGGAUAUUAAUUUCAAUAAAUCUAUCAUCUCGAUGGUAAAUUAUUAUUUAUUAAUUGUAAAUAUAUUUAUUUCUAUAAUAGGAUCUAUAUAUGAGAAUAAACUUGAUAUUGAAUUAAUCAAAUGACGAAAAAGAUCUUUUAUUGAAGGUUCGUUGUUAUUUUAUAAAAGAAAGAAUCGUUAAAUAAAUCUUAUCUAUUAUCAUAUAUUCAAUAGAUUAUAAAUGUUAAUUGAUUAUGUUUAGAUUAGUAUAGAUUUAAAUUAGUCUAGAGAUUGAAUAAGAUAUAUAUUAAAUAUAUAAAUUGUUUUAGAUUUUAAAAUUAAAUUCAAUAUUUAAAUUUUUACACAAAUUCAUAUGUUUAAAACUCUAUGUAACUCUUAAACAUUGAAACAUAUAUUGUGUUUUUUUGUUAAUAUUAACAUGUUAAUUCAAUUAUUUUCAAUAGAUUUAUUUAUAAGAAUAAAUUAAUAAUAUGAAGGAGAAAUAAAAUCUCGAUAUGUUAAAAUAAAAUAGUUAUUUAUCUUAAAAGAAUAUUUAUUUCAUAUAUAAAUUACAUUAAUAAAACAUUUAUUGAAAUAAUAAACGAUAAAAAAACGUUCGUUUUGACGAUAUAUAUAAUCAAAGAUUAUUUAUUGAUUUAUAUCAUAUGCAAACUAAUUGAGAUCUUAUAUAAUAUGAAUAUUGAAGAGUGGUUUAUAUUGAUAUAAGUCAACGCAUAUAAUCAUAUGAAAUAUUUAUAUGAAAAGAAUUUCUAUGUAUUUAAACAAUAAAUAAUAAUUAUUUAUCUUUGGUCGUUUCGAGAUCAACUUUCCUUAUUAACAUUAACAUUUAAUCGAU